AUGUAUUUCCUAUUCCCCCUCUUGCUGGCCUUCCUUCAAGCUGCUGUUACGAGAGCUGGGGAGAUCAUUGGAGGCUGGGAGGCAAAGCCCCAUUCCCGGCCAUACAUGGCAAAUCUGAAGUACUGGGAUGAAAAUGGAACAGAAUAUAGGUGUGGUGCUUUCCUUGUUCGAGAGGAUUUUUUGCUGACAGCAGCUCACUGCUGGGGAAGUAAAAUGAGCAUCCUUCUGGGAGCACACAACAUCCAGAAGCCAGAAAAGACCCAGCAGUGCAUUCCUGUGCUCAAAGCUAUUCCCCACCAACUAUACAACCGCUGGACCUUCAAAAAUGACAUUAUGUUGGUGAAGCUGGCGAAGAAGGCCAAGUUGAAUAGAGCUGUGAAUCUCUUGGCCUUACCCCAGAAGAAGGACAAGGUGAGGCCUGGAAAGAGAUGUCUUGUGGCAGGUUGGGGGAGUACAACAACACCUGAAAAGAACUAUCCAGACACACUGCAGGAGGUGGAGCUAAAAGUGAGAAAGGAGCGUGAGUGCAUGGACAAAUAUGGCUCAAAGUAUUAUGGUUCUACCCAGAUGUGCGCUGGAGAUCCUGGAGACAAAAAGGCUUCUUUUCGGGGGGACUCUGGAGGUCCUCUCGUGUGUGAUAGAGUGGCCCAGGGCAUCGUCUCCUUUGGUCGGAGUAAUGGCAAAAACCCUCCUGUUUAUACUCGGAUCUCCAGCUUUUUACCAUGGAUCAAGAAAACAAUGAACUCUCAUGAGUACUAGGCAUCAGGUGACACCCUGCUCUCAAAACUGGAUUCUUUCUCUCUGGGGACACCGUGCCCUAAAGUGGCCCCUGGAUACA